AUGAAAGGUCUGCGUCAAGGAGACCCCAUUUCUCCUCUUCUAUUUGUAUUGAUUAUGGAGUAUCUUACUAGAUUGCUUGUUCAGGCUGCUCAACACAAGGACUUCAGAUUUCAUCCACUCUGUAAAAAGCUGAAUCUUGUCAACCUUUGCUUUGCGGAUGAUCUCAUUCUUUUUUGCAAGGGUUCCUUUAAGUCAGUUCAAAUACUUUACGCUGGUUUAAGCAAAUUCAGUCAGGAUUCUGGUCUCACUGUGAACUUAUCUAAGUCUCACAUCUAUUUUGGUGGUGUUCAUUCGGAUGAAAAGAGGAGAAUCAUGGAGUGCUUAAAGAUUGAGGAGGGUUCUUUCCCUCUAAAAUAUCUGGGUAUGUUUCUUAGACCUACUAAAUGGAAGGUUGAGGAUUGUGGUCUAAUUCUUAAAAAAAUUCAAAGUCAAUUACAUACAUGGUCUAGUAGGCACCUUUCUUUUGCUGGAAGAUCCCAGCUUAUUCAAUCAUUUUUGCUAGGUAUUAGGGCUUAUUGGAUGAGUAUUUUUUUGCUUCCUCCUAGAAUUAUUCAGGAGAUUGAUAGAUUAUGCAGGAACUUCCAUUGGGGAGCAAAGGGCAACCGGAGUAAGGUGCAUCUGUCAUCCUGGGAGCAGGUGUGUUUACCUAAGAGCUUGGGGGGUAUUGGUUUUAAAGAAAGGUCUAAAUGGAAUGCAAUAUUGAUGGCCAAGUACAUAUGGGCAGUUUCAACUAAGCAGGAGUCCUUAUGGGUCAAAUGGGUAGCAGCCAUCUAUCUCAAAGUGCAAAAUUUCUGGGCCUACAGCCUUAAACCUGAUGUGAGCUGGUAUUGGAGGAAGAGUAUUAAGCUGAGAGAUGAUUUCUCUUAUGAUUCUUUGUUGGCUUCGGUUAACAAAGGCAAAUUAAACCCUUCUUGCUUAUAUAAUCAGUUGGUUCAAAAGGACAAGGUUCAUUAUGCUAAAGUGGUUUGGUUGGACUCUCUGAUUCUUAUGGGUCUUAAAGCCAGGUUGUUUGGUUUAGCUAGAUCUAAGAUGAAAGCUGAUGAGUUGAGAUUGGUUGAUUAUAUUCAUCAUUUGUAA